AUGGACAAAGUUCAAGAAGCCGUGCAACCUCGGGACACGGUCUCGCCUGUGAUUCCAAACAUUUGCUAUGAUAGUUGUAACAAUGCCUACAUAGAGGCACAGUCGCGUGGAGAGGCCCCGUCCCUCUGUGAUCAGGACAGUGCUUUCACUAAUUACUACGAGGGCUGCAUUGCAUGUAUGGACCAAAAUGCUACCCAAAUACAGGAUAGUACACGACAGGCCCUUGAUUCAUUCUUCUCUGAAUAUAUCGACUACUGCGAGGCCUUCCAGUCAUCAUGGUUGACAUGGUAUACCACGGUGGAGUCGAAAACGAUAUUCAUGUUGCCUGCCACAGGCUCAUCAACGUCCCAAUUCACAGUCUGGUACGAAAGCAGCACUAUCACCUCCACCCUGCCCGCGUAUUUCAUACACUUCUCAGCCCAGUCUUUGAUAUCCACGUACAUCCCUCCCGCGGUUUUCAGCGAGCUUGCGGCGUCAGUGGCCUCCGCUGCCUCAAUGGCCUCCGUCACUGGCGAUGCCACUAGUCUUGUGUAUUCAGUCCUUGAGGAUACGUCUCGUCCGCCGUGGUUCUCUUCCGCUGUCCCAUCGACAUACGCGGCACAGAUGAGUACGUUGGAGGCGAGCUUGAACGAAUUGUUGGUCACGUCUGGGUCGACGCCAAGCACCUCGGCAGCCACCUCAACACAGAGAACGACGCCCACGGGCUCGGGAAGCAAAGCCUGGAUAGCUGGCGCAGUGGUGGGUUCGGUAGCUGGCGCGGCCCUGAUACUGCUUGGCUUCUUUUUGUUUCUGAGACAUAAGAGAAGAGCUAUGACUGCCGAUAAAAAGCCAGGUCUCCAAGGUGAUGACAAAACAUAUAUGACAGGCUGGAAGCCUGAGCUGCACUCCGACCCCGUGCCGCAGCCUCCGCGUGUCUAUGAGAUGGACGCUUCGCAGAACAUCUCAGAGAUGGAAGUCCACGAGAUACCGCAGGAACUACAUGUCGAUCAGGUCAGAAAGACGCCAGAAAAGCCUACCUGA